AUGUUCGCGCUUCGACAUGCUCUGGCUCUUGGGCCAAUACUUCUGGCACAGUCAGUGUCGGGCUAUCCCAAGGGUAUAUCUCUCAACAACAUCCUGAACACCAGAGACAAUGAGUUCAUCUUUUCCGCCAUCGGGGAUUCUUGGGGAAGCGGAGUUCAAUGGAACAACGAAACCGCAUACGACGGGAACGAAGACGGAUGCAUGCGCUUCAAGUACGCCUGGUCGACCGUCGUCAACGACAGAUACCAGGACUGGGCACCAACCCCCGAUCAAGAUCCCCAAUUCGAGUUCAGAGCCUGUUCCGGCGCCCAUUUGGGAAAGAACAUCCACGACCAAAUGGACAAGUUGACACGACCGAAGAUGACCAUGCUCGAAGCCGGCGGGAAUAAUGCCGAUUUCUACCCCAUGGCCGACAGCUGCCUCUUCCAUACCGACCCGAGAGUAGACUAUGGGACUCAUUACGAAGACGACGAUGCUGACCACCCGACGGGAUUGUGCAGGAAGGAGAUCAAGCUAGUACGAGGAAGAGUCGGAGAGAAACUUCAGCAGGCCGUUAUAGAUACUAUCGAUAUCUGGAGGGCCCACCCUGCUGUCAGCGGCAACGACGCAACACUCUUCAUGCUAGGAUAUGCGCGCUUCUUCGCCCUUGACGACGCGUGCAACGACUGGGACUUUGGCAGACAGUUCCAAUUCCCAUGGAAUGCACAGAAGCUCAAGAAAGAAAUGCGACAGGAGUUUAAUGAUCUGGUCGACGCCGUGAACCUUGCGGUCCGCUCCGCCGUCGAACACUACAACGACCCAAAAAUUCGAUACAUCGACAUCAACCCCGCCCUGGAAGGCCACCGUUUCUGCGAAAAAGGCCACAGCUUGAGGGUGCAGCUCGACCCUAACAGCACCGAGGUGCAUAUCUUUAACAACCCCAUCCGGCGGAGUAUCACCAUCCACGACGGCGACAGCGUUACCACAUACGAGCCCAGCGACGACGACCUAGACGCCCCCGGCCCACCCGAGGAUAUCCUUGAGAAGCUACGCGGACACCCCGAGGGCGAAUCCGUGCAACAAGAUGAAUACACGAUAAUCACCUUCCGCAACCCCGAGGAACCAAACCUGAGCAUGGAGGUGAAGGUUGAGCCGCAGCCUCUAAACGCCGGAAACUACGGUGCCUGGGUUUAA